AUGCAGAGAGCGGCAGUAGGUGGCCCUAUGAGGGACAUCAUGAGAGAGCUGUCCUUGAGAGUCAUGGAGGCAGAGUACUAUCGAUGCCACUAUGAGGAUGCGGUGCCCAGGGAGCACAAAGUGCAGAGCUUUACGCAGUCGACAUUGAGUCUAUCUCGAGAGACUGGGUCAUGGUCAGAGAGUAGAGGAAGAGGCAAUGCGGAGAAAGCACGGGCGUUGUUUGUGUUUGGAGACUCCUACGCAGACACAGGAAAUAAACAUCCAUACAAUCCAGAACACCAUACGGGUUUUAAGCAACCUUUGUCUUAUAAUUAUGUGUCUCUGAUAUGCGCAGGGGAUAUUUUAGGGCUUCCUGUUCCCAUAGCUUAUGAGCUGCUGAUAAGUCAUGACUGUAAAGCAAUUGCGAAAAAGAUUAGACAAGGAGUGAAUUUUGCAGUGGGAGGCAGUGGAAUAUUUGAAGACUACGGUUUCAAAACUAUAGAACAACAAGUUAAGCAGUUUAAGAAGCUGAUAGGGGGAAAUCAGGGGUUCGACUCUCACAAGCUCUCGCGGUCUGUAGUUCUUAUCUCUGUGGCCGGUAACGACUACCUUGCAUUCCUCGCUAGCAGAAACGGCUCCAUUGAGGGACUGAAAGAUCUGGCGAAACCUGUCGUAAGCGGAACAAUCGACGCUGUGAAACAGCUGUAUAAAGGCGGGCUUAGGAAUUUUGCGGUAAGUAAUAUUGGUCCCUUUGGGUGCGCGCCAAAGAUCGACAAAACAUCCUGUCAUUCAAACUACGGUGAAAUUUCAGCUCUUCAUACAAAAUUAUUGAGGGAGGGCGUAGAAAUCCUCAAAUCGGAUCUCAAGGAAUUGUCCAUCAUAAUUUCAGAUUUGAUGUCUGCAGUUAAUCAUAUCUUCGCCAGUCCUGCGCCACAGUUUGGUUUUGUGGAUUUGUUCGUUCCUUGCUGUGCCGCAAAAGGUAGGGUUGAUAUGUGUGGAGAGGUGGAUCAAGUAGGGAGGGCUUUAUAUGAAGUGUGUACUAACGUAGAUGAAAAGUUCUACUGGGAUGCAGGCCAUCCAACACAGAGAGGAUGGCAUGCGAUAAUGUGGGUGUACGGUAACGGAGCAAAAGAAGAGAAUAAAACAAUCAGUUUUAUUGAGGGGGCGCCAAAUGUUAUUGACUGGGUAGAGUCACUUGGAUUUGUGGCUUACAAUAUCUCCACAAUGUUUUCACCUAAAUAAGCUUUUUAUAGGCAAUUUGUGGAUAAUACCAUGUACCAAGUGAUUUUAGAGCUUUAAAACAUUUUAAGAUUCUGUACUCGAGGCCGAACU